AGAGUUGAGUUUUUUGGAGUUCAGUUGUUUUCAUGCUAGCGACAAGUUGAAUAAAAAAUAGAUCCUCGUUUGAAUACAGUUGGCAUCGAGUUCAGUAAUUCGGAGUACAGUUGUCUCCCUGCCGUUAUUUCUGUGAAAUGACCAUUCGGAAAACAUUCGUUUAUACGAAACGAGACCCAGCCUAGUUGUUAUGAUUAUUAUGAUUAUGAUUGUCACUUGUCUUGUUGUUGCAUUAAAAUUUAGCUGCACUAUAGAAAAAUUGUUAUAGGUUAAUGCAACUUUAUUGUCACUAAGUUUUUAAAAUUAUAUCGAUAUAUUUUUUUACAUAGUUAUUCUAACAAAAUGAUGGAUAAUGACAGUAGUUUUUAUGAGAAAAAUACAAAUUCUUAUGGUUCGUUAAAGACACAAAAAAAUGUGUCGAGGAACUUAGAAGUUUUUCCGGCUUUUCUGCCUCUAAUUCGAAAUGUUGUGAACUCCAAAGCAUUCGGUGUCAAACACAAGAAAAUAUCCUUGGUUAGCUGCAGUUCCAGUAAAAAAGACAAUGAAACAGACCGUUUUAGAUUGUCAAUACCUUACGCUGAUCAGAUGCUGAGCUGGAUGGUUUUAUUUGAUCAGUCGCAUCCAGAACUGGGGCCUGAUUUUGAAUUUGACGACAAAACAUUCCUAUGUAAUCCUGAUUUGGAAGAGCUUGAAAAUAAUGUACCAAGUCUUGUCAAUUGGAAUCCAUGUGAUCCUGAUUGUUUGGUUAAAGUUAUCAUGGAGUUUGUAAUUUAUUAUCGAAAAUAUCAGGUUGAAACACUUCAAAUCCAUGAACGCCUGGCAUUUGAAUACAACACUUUAUUACAAGACACAGAAGUAUGUGAAGAAGAUGUCGAAGUAGUACUCAUACCAGAUACAAUAGAACCAACUGAAGCACGUUUUUUCAUUCGCAUGGCAUUAGAUUUUUCCCGAUUACCACGACGUAACUCCAACAAUACAGAACACGAUAGUAUAAUACUGCAAGUUACUUUUUCAAAUGCCACCUGGAGUCGUAUAGUGCCUAUGUUAUAUUUGUCAGCCGGAUUAGAAGAUGUCCUUGGUAAUUCAAACUCACUUCACUUACCACCCUUAACAGCAACUAAAAAUCUUUCGAAAUACGUGCCAGAAAUUAAAAAACUAAUAAGUGAUAAAAUAAACUCUGUUAUUGAUAACUUUGAGAAAAAGCAGGGAUUUAUAGCUGCGGCUAUAAUAAUGUAUGGUGGAAGCAUUGUGGAAUACGAUUCUACUGAUUUUUCAUUUAUUUCAUUACUGCAUAAGCAUAACGAUUUUUAUUUUUUUUUACACAUUAAAUUAUCCAAUAAGUUUCCAUCUGAUCCACCAAAGUAUACCCUGCAGUCUUGCUAUCAAGUUAACACGUUCAAUGAACUUUCCCAACAUGCGGUUCAUGAUGUUCCUUACAGUCCACGUUGGGACCCACGUAGAAUGUUAACUAGCGCAUUUAAUUACAUCAUUAAAAAUGAAGUUGAACAACUUCGAGGUCAGUUCUCAAGAAGAAAAUGGUAACCAUAAUGAUUAUGUUUGGAAACUUUGAUGGGUGUUUUUCUAAAAAAAUUUUUCAACUUUAAUUAAAUAAACUUUUGAAUUUAAACAAAUUGGCUAAGUUAGUGAAAGCGAAAUUUUUCGAGCCUUAAAAGUAUAUAUUAAUUCACGAAUUACUUAAAAUAAUAAAUAAUUUAAGGCUAUCUUUAUUUUC